AUGGGGGGGCCUGGGGGCACCCCCAGAAGGGACCUGGGGGGACACGGAUGGGACCCCCAUAAGGACACGGCUGGAGGGGGGACACAGGCUGCCCCCCCCGAGAAAGGGGUCCCCGCAGAGACAGGGGUCUGGGGGCGUCACCCACGGGGGCCACGCGGCGGGACGGACCCCGCGGGGGGGACACGCCGCUCGCGGUGCCGGCAGCGCCGAGCCCGGCGCGGUGCGGCGGGGCCCCCCCGGCCCCCCCGGCCGCGCUGCGGAGCCGCCGCCGUGCUGGCACACGGACCCCCCGCCGCUGCGGGAACCCCGGACCCGCAGGGACCCCCGAGCGCACGGGGACCCCCCCCACAGUGCACGGUGCGCAGGCCACCGCACCGGGACCCCGAGCCGCACCGACCCCCCCGCACCGCGCCGGGACCGCUCACUGCCGGGCCCCACCGGGACCCCCGAAACUGCCGGGCCCCACCGGGACCCCCGAAACUGCCCCGGACUGCAGGGCCCCCCCAGUGCACGGGCGCUCCCCCCCGAGCCGCACCGGGACCCCCGGAAUGCACAGGACCCCCACCCGCACCGGGGUCCCCUCGUGCAGCCCCGCGCCGGGACCGCCGCUGCAGCCCCCCCAAAGCACACGGGGACCCCCGGGCAGCCCCGGACCCGCACAGGGCUCCCCCCGCUGCACCCCCCAAAACCCGCACCGGGCCCCCCCGCUCCGCACGGCGCGCAGCCCCUCACCGCGCGCCCCCCAAGCGCACCGUGACCCCGCACCGAACCGAACCGCACCGCACCCCGGGAUCGCAGCCCCCCCCCACCGCCGCGCGGAGCCCCCCCGGAGCCGCACGGGGGUCCCGGACAGCGCGGAUCCCGGCGGGCCGCGGGUCCCGGCGCGGUGCCGCGGUGCCGGUGCCCGCCCGCCCCCCGGUGCCGCCGUACCUGGGGUCCCCCCGGUGCCGCCCGGCGCGCGCCCCGCCGCCCCCCCGCCGCCGCCUCCAUCUUCACCGCGCGGCCCCGCCCGCCCCGACAACAACAUUCGGUGACGUCACUCCGCGUCACGUGACGGCGCCCGCCGCUAAAAAUAGCCCCGCGCGCGGGCCCCCCCCGAACCCGGUAACGGGGCGGGGCCUAACCGGGGCGGCGGGGCCUAACGGGGCCUAA